CCAUAUUUUUCUUCAACAUGUUCGAUGAAAACGUUGAUGCGGAUAUCAAAACAAAUCUCGGGAAGCUCAGCGAGCGUCAUUGUUGAAUUUAGUUGCCAAAAUUUCGCUAAUAAUCUACUUAGUUUUACAUAGCGCGGAUUAUUACAGUUGCUUAAAUUUGAAAUACAUAAACUUUAUAAUCGUAAUUUUAAUUAUAUUAACGAGGUGUGAAAACUCUAAAUUCGUUGAGCUUUUUGAAAUUGCUGUUUGGAAAUUGCAUAAAAACAUAAGUAGGGUAUGAUUUAUGUAUUUUUUGUUGAUUCGUUAGAAAUUCCUAAUUUGGGAAAGUGACACACCAUAUUCUUGCGUAGACUGCAAAGUAUUUGUGAAUGAAAACCGGACGGAUCUCAAUGUUAGUGCGUGGGGCGCACGCUAAUAGCGACCUCCGCCUCGACGUGACCUAAUCUCAGUCUCAUUCAAAAAAUCCGCAGAGUAGCAGAAGAAAUAUGAAUAGCUAAGUCUGAACAACAGCAUCAUCCUGUACCAUCGUGAGACAUGCGGGCAUCACAGCAGCGCUCCUGAAUGAGAAACCCUGCAGUGGGGAGAACAGUUUAUCCACGUCCACCCAAAAGGUCGUAUUUUCUCCCGUGGUGUUUGUGUGGAGCGUGCCACACACCCACUCCACAACAACGACGGCUUUUGCUUGCAUCUUCCAGUGUUUCUUCUGUCAGCAAGUUCAGCGGAGCUGCAACUCGUCCAGCGCCAGCCCUGAAGAAACCAGCGAGGAGCAUCACGACUGUGAGAUGGUGAAGAUGACAAAGUCCAAGACUUUCCAGGCUUACCUGCCCAACUGUCACAGAACCUACAGCUGCAUCCACUGCCGGGCGCACCUCGCCAAUCACGAUGAGCUCAUCUCAAAGUCAUUCCAAGGCAGCCAGGGACGAGCCUACCUCUUUAAUUCAGUUGUGAAUGUGGGAUGUGGUCCAGCCGAGGAGCGAGUUCUCCUUACAGGUUUACACGCUGUGGCAGACAUCUACUGUGAAAACUGUAAAACCACUCUGGGCUGGAAAUAUGAACACGCUUUCGAGAGCAGCCAGAAAUACAAAGAAGGCAAGUUCAUCAUCGAACUGGCUCACAUGAUCAAAGAUAACGGUUGGGAGUGACCCUCACCUGAUUCCUCUCUGCUCAGUGACCUUCGGGCUACUCUGUCGUGGACUUUGCCGAGUGACACCGCACACCCACAUGCACACGAACGAGAAACGCACAGACACGCAAACACGCACCGCAUCGUCUACCUUGACACAUCCAGACAUCUCUACUGGGACAUUGCGAAACUCGAAGGCAGAGCGCUGGAAAAUAAACAGAGACAUCUACGGUCACUAAGAGACUCUGGGACCUUUUUCACUUUGGGAUUCAAACCCUCUCCCUUUACGUUGAACUGGUUUAGGUGUGCUCGGCCCUUGUGUGUAACUGUUAACGGUAUCCAGAUGACACGAUCUCACUUUUUUCUUUACUUUAUCUUUGUGAACAAGCAGGAUGAGGUGUGCGUGUGUGUACUCUUCCUUUUGGUGGGAAUCUCAAAUCCCUACCGGUGGACUGAUGUUACUGGUUAACGUUUAUCUCCCCGAGUCGGUUCUCUGAUUGUACUCUUUCUUGUCACAUAGCAUCAGACAUUAUCAGUUUUUAACAUGUUAAAAGGGUUUAGGCUAUGUAGCAGCAUCUUGAAUCCUAUUGGCUUGGGAGGAGGAAAGGGGUUUGCGGCGGGGAUGCGGCAUGACAUUUUGUAUUUACGAUAUCCCCUUACGAUAUUUCUUCCUCGGAUGACUUCACUGUGCAAUUCACGGGACGCUCUGGUACAGCGGUAGCGUCUGAACCCUGCGGGAGCUUUAGUUGUCUCUGGUGCUUUUGGUGAGAUUACACAAACAUCCUUUUUAGGAUUGAGUUGGCAUUUGUGGCAGGUUCCAUUUUUGCAAACAUACUAUAGACAAGUCGUUCGGACGCUGGGGAAAACAUGCGCGUUAAGUUUUCAACCCCUUCACGCCAAAUGAGUCGAGAUUUUACAAAAAGAAAACAUUUUAUACAAAAAAACCAUUCUUGUUGUUAUUACAAUCAUGUGUUCAUGUUCAUUAAUAUGUGUAAUUUAUAUGUUCAACCACGUUUGAACAUGCGCACGCAUGUUAGCUCUGUUUUUUUUUUUCGCAUUAUGUUUAUGGCAUACUUGAAUACAGUUACGUUGUUUGCACUUUGGAGAGGCCUUGAUCAUGGGUUUAGAGGCAAAAGUCUGUCCAUUUAUGGCCUUUUCGUUGCUUAUCGAACGAUUGUAUUAAGAUGCUUCGAAUGAAUGCUGGGUUCGGGUGAUUGCUGGCUUAAUCAUCUCCCUCUAGUAAAAAAAUAAACGAAAAAAAAAUCAGCUGCUCUUGACCGCGAACGCAAACGUUCGCAAAAAUGGUUUCAGAUUGGACACAUUUUCGAUGCGACAUCACGCAAUUCUUUUGCUGCUAAUAUAGACAAAUGCAAUCCAGACGCUUUCACUUCUGCACUUUAUCGGACUGCCUGAGAUCACGCAACUUGUAGUCUUUUCACAACUUUGCCUCUAAGCAGCAUGAAUCUUGUGCCUCUUCAAAAACAGAAAGUAACCUCCUUGUCCUCUGUUGUGCGGCGCAUGACUCCGAGACCCCUUCACGUCAGCUUGAAGCGACUGAGGCUUCAUAUCGAUCUCAAACCAACAUGACCUAAUGAAAACAACCUCACAGAACCUCGAUCCACUCGAAAUCUAUAAAGAAUCGUAAUAUAAUCCAGUAUUUUUCAUAUUUCAAAGAGGUUGUAUUCUGCGAAGUAUAAAUGGGUGGGGCUUUUAGAGUGGGAGGGGGUGGAGCUUACUUCCUUUAGAGGAAAAAGGGUGGAGCUUGCUUCCUUUAGAGGCCAUUUAACGUAGAAUUUUAUGGGAAAAAUAUAUCGAACCAUAUUGAGGUUUGAUGCGUUUAGGGGCGGGUGGGACGGCGGGUGUUAUAAUAUAUUAUUAUAAGGAGUGGCGAACCCUCAGUUAGCAUUUAUCGCCAAUAAAGGUCAGUCAGGUCACAUGACCUUUGAAUCAGUCAAAGACAAUGCAAACAAUAGUUGUAGAAAUAUCUUACUUGAAAGAAGAGACAGCGUUACAGACAAUUGUCCCUCUCACACAGUUUUGUAUAUAAAGUAAACAUAUUUAAAGUUUUAUACAUAUUUCUACUGGGUUAGUUUCUCUACUUCCCUGACUUGAAGCACUUUUGUUCACUGUACCUCUGGCUUUAUGUAUAUGUGUGUGUGUGAAUGAGAAAAGAAAGUGUGUGUUUGUGAGCGUGUGGAUGCAUGCGUGUUCCCAUUGUUUAUUUGUAGUUGUUUUUGCUGUCGUUCACUAGUUCUUGUGUACCGUUUGCUUUCGACACUUCUUUCGCUGUCUCACGCAGCGUGUUUGACGUGCUUUCUUAGCUUGACGAUAACAAGAUUUGUAUUUUUUCCUUUGAUCUUAUUAAAGUUCAUUUUUGUCCCUCUGUAGUUUCUGACGAGCGUUUAAUAGCUCCUGGUUGUGUUUUUGAAUCGGUGAGCUGGAUUCACCUGCCGAAAUUUCACAUAAGAAACACAGACCAAGACUUUUUGAAGCAGAUUGAGACUGGAGGCCAGUGUCACUUUUACGUGCACCAAAAUAUUUGAGCUGGGAGCUUUGUCUUUUUUGUCUGCUGGAAACAUAAUGAUGCGGUCAAACCAAAAAGCAAGUUUGUGGCCUCGCCGACUAGCGAGUGGGAAAUUACGUUAUUAAAAUUGUGUUUUGAUUAUUAUUUACAGCAAUUUAAUAAGGUGUUUUGUUUUUGAUAUUGGCUAUUGAAAGAUUGUUUACUGGUUUCUAUUGGUGACACUGGUUUUAAAAAAAUAAUAGAUGAGAUUUGUCAUUUAAAAAAAAACAUUUAGUUUAAGGUGACAAAGGUAUGCAAAGGAAAUGAUUGUACAUUUUCGAGAGUUAUUUUUAUUAGGAUUUUU